AUGGAUAAGUAUAUUAUUGACGAAUCUGUCAUUGGAGGCAUUUCUGAAGGCAAAUAUGAUGAGAGUAACCAGUUAGUUCUUCCUGGCAAAAAGGGGUCUAAACAGAAGGCCAAAAAAAUUGCUGCUCAACCCUUGCGGGUGUUGUCAAAGUCAAAAAGGAAGGAACUUCAGAAGCAGGUCGCUAAAAAAAUCAAAAAACUAUCAGUACGCUUAUUGCGCAUUACUCCAGUCUUUUAGCGAAGGGAACUUUGGAAUGAAUUGGAAGCAUUCACUGCAAGGCCAUCUGACACGUCGACCGCUGGGAAUCUUUUCAGUCGUAAUCGCAAAGCAGAGAGGAAAACUGAGAAGUUGUGACUUAUUUAAUUUUCUGACAAUUAGGAUUUCAAAAUCACGCAUAAGUACGACGCAGAAGUGGUGUCAGUCAGAACCUAGUUCUGAAGACGCAUCCACGGAUACUGACGAGUACAGUUCUUCCGAGGAGGCGCCCAAGCACGAGGAUUCAGGUGUUUCAGAACCCCGUCAGACAACCGAACCGGAAGAGGAGUCAUCGCUUGCAUGCAAAGACCGAGAGGAAACUCCGGAUGUUGCUGUAACCCAUAAAAAGUCGAAUUACGUUCUCGUUAAUCGGGCGCCGGAGAUACAGUCAAUGCGCCUGGCUUUACCGAUUGUUGCAGAAGAGUCCAAUAUUAUGGAGGCGAUUUCUGAAAAUGAUGUGAUUAUCAUCUGCGGUGCCACAGGAUGUGGAAAAACUACCCAAAUUCCUCAAUUUCUAUACGAGGCUGGUUAUACCCAGUAAGUAUUUUUAUAUCUCCUUUUUACUGUAUACGGCUCCCACGAUAGAUCCCAAAGUCCAAACCCUGGGCACUUCUUCCUAAAGACAAUUUGCAUGCUGUUGGGCUGGAUAUGCUUCUAGAUUGUCUGCCUAACUACUAAUUACAAGUUUUAUUUAUUCCACUUUUUAAAUAAGCAUAACACUAUGGAUACGAUUGGUUGUUGAUCCACCAUUUUAAUCCACAUGAAUUCGAAAUAAUAUUAUUUUGGAUCAACAAUCAAUUACGACGUGUACCGUAGUCUGAAAGUAGACUUAGUGAAUGCAGUCCCAAGGGUUAUUGAAAGACCAUCACAUGUGUCCAUCGACUUUCGACUUUUUUCCGACACUCAUGUUAAACCUAUCCUUGGUCACUGAGACAUCUUCAGGCAAGCUCAAUGCUACAGUUUUUAUUGCCUGGUUCGUUUUACUUUCCGAAGAAUGAGAUGAAGGCAGCAUAACCCAGUGCCAUCAGAUAGAUUCGGCAAAAAUAUCCACGGUCGCUCAGUGAUGUCUUUGACCUUCCUGUCUUUGUUUUUUUUUUAAUUUUCGCGUUAGUCGCCGGAUUACCGUUAACCCAGCACAUUAUUGCGUUUGUAACAAAAUUUCAAAAUCACUGAUUCGGCCUCCUCCAUGUUGUCGGUCCACUGCAUUACGACCGGUCGUUUUCAAUUCCAUUCUGUCGUAGUCAGACAACCGAGCCACUUUAAGCAUAGGUACUGAAACCAAAAGCGCGGUCCAAGCCUCUCGUCGUCGUCGUCGUCGUCGUCGUCGUCAUCAUCAUCAUCAUCAUCAACAACAACAACAACACCAUCGUCAUCAACGGCAACAGCAGCGGCAACAGCAGCAUUGUCAGGACCACCACCUGCCUACAUCUGUUCGCUGAGGCUGCCGGAUUUCUGAACUGGCUCAUUUUACAUAUCCUACCAAACUUCCUAUAGUUGUUGUUACGUAGAGGGUUUUAGAGGUUCCAAGCGCCUUUGUCUCAGACGCGCUUUCCAUUCUGAAGUUCUGUUCUGCAAGUACUCUUCUACGCGGACUCGGGAGAGCGCGUUCUUUGGCGACACAGGCAAUUACAAUUACAUGCCAGUUCCCUUGGAUCCCCUAUUAACUCGUUUGGUAGUUCUGGCUGACAGGCCUAUAAUAGAAACAAAGACCUUAAGGGAGACUUUCGGUAAAAUCUCAAAUGCCGAACGUUCUAGUCUGAUUUAUGAGAGUAAUUCAAGGUUAAGGCGCAGGCGGACCCUAGAAACUUUGUGAUUAGUCGCUGCCGUUACCGUUGAUGCCGACCCCGUGCAUCGACUUGUCAUGCUAACUCUCUGCUCUGACUAAUUCCACUUCAUCAACUGCGUUCCCAUUUCAAGUUUUAAUUACUAUACACCAGUUGAAAGAUGACCAUAACACUAUUUCAAGGUACUAAUUUCCGAUCUUCUCGCCCAGUCUUGUUUUAAGUGGCUGUGACCGCUUGAUUACGAUACUACCAUCCUUCGCCAAUUGUGUUUACGAAAUAUUGACUUUGUAAGAUAUCAUCAUGUCGCUCGGGUAGAAGCGUUUCUUCAAGUACCAUGGCGCAACAGGGAUGCACUUUUAUAAGCGGUUCUUUUGGUAUGAGACAUCCAGGUGUCAAACAACCUAGAGAUUAGGCACAAAUUAAAAACAGUAGUUGGAAGAUUUUUAUCAAUUCCCUGAGUCAUAACAUGUGACGGUAGGGAAUUCCGGUUGAUUGUGCCCGGCUAAGCUGUCUGUGACACCGGGGAAUUUGUAAAUGAGAUCAAAAGAUGAAAGCCCCCACCCUGAAUCUGGCCUAACGUUUAACUAUUCUUACUUCAGAAACAACUACAAAAUCGGCGUUACAGAGCCCCGGCGAGUAGCGGCAAUCUCCAUGUCUGAACGCGUCGCUGAGGAGCUGAAUCUAAAGGAAGGGCAAGUACUCUGUUCGUAUUUUAGAUAUCGACCCGGCUACUGAGUUCUAGGGAGUCUAGGUUUGAAAAUUGGAAAUUUUGCAGAGAAUGAACAUCAAUUGUUACACAUACACCAUCGUAUUUUUCGACAAUCUUUUUUUAGCAAGAGGUUCCCAAGUCGAUAUGGUGAAAUAAAAAUGAAAAAGUGUACAUCGCCAAGACUUACCGCGCGACCUCGUUCUCGUCAAAGACUUACGGGCAUAGUUGAUGUGUGAAUAAAUGCAAAGAAAAAUUACUUUUGCUGUGCAAGUAGCCAUUUCUUCCAUUUGAAGUAGGAGAAACUGUUGAUGACAAAUGAAAUAGAACAAAUGACCAAAUUGCAAAAAUGUUCUCUAAAUUGCGGCUUAUCAAAUCGCAACAGUUGGUUUUCUCAAGCCGAAUCCACAUCAGAGCACGGUUGAGCGCCAGCAAUGCGCAAGGUGUGGUUGUUGACGAAUUUGAGCGACACACUUAUUGCUGGGUUUUUAAGUUUGCUACUUCAGUUUUUUUUCUGCGAUCAUAAGGCAUAGUCUGCAAAUCAGUUUUGGUCGUUAGCGAGUAGUUUUGAUGGGGAUGGUGCUUAUCACUCAAUGUUGGUUGCAGGGUAGAAUAUUCCUCACUGUGCCCAUAGGCUGACUUGGGCUGGGCUCUUUGAGAAUCGUAUUGGGUGUGGUCUCAGAUUGACCAAUAAAGGCGGCUUUUAUUUACCGGUAAAACGCAUAAAACGCAGGUUUAAAUAUUUUCUUCUUUACUGGGUUCCGACAUUACUCGUCGAGGUCAUCUAAACACUAAUUCGCCCCAGUUUUGGGCGAUUCCCACUUGUCUGGUUUUUUGGUACACGUUAUGCUGUCUGACUCACGCCUUUUUUGUUUCAGUGAGGUCAGCUAUCACAUUCGGUACGAGAAAAAUGUGUCGUCCAAGACACAGAUUAAGUUCAUGACGGAUGGCAUUCUCCUGCAGGAAGUAAAAAAGGUGAGUUCCCCGCCGUCUCAAACCCCAUUUCACUUGAAUGCUUGCAACGACUUGGGAAAAGCUUAACGUACGGUUCUUUUUUCACAGAAUUUUGAGCUUGCCGAGUAUUCUGCCAUAAUAAUCGACGAGGCGCACGAACGGUCCAUCUACACGGACGUUCUUCUGGGUCUGCUUUCACUCAUCGUACGCCUGCGUCGGCGCAAUUUUGAGGACGCAAACAAGCCGGAAAGUCCGCUGCCGCUGAAACUGAUUAUAAUGUCGGCUACUUUGCGUGUGGGCGACUUCGCAGACAAUCGUCAGCUCUUUCCCCCUCCGAGGAAGGAGGCGGCCGGCCUGAAGCCGGCCAACACCGUCGAUGAGGGUGUGAUCGAGGCUGCGCGACCCGGCGCCCCACCUGUUAUUCAGGUGGAGUCUCGCCAGUACCCUGUGACCUGCCACUUCUCCAAGAUCACGCCGGAUGACUAUCUAAAGGCGGCUUUUCGCAAGGUUUGUCUUGUUCCACCCAAUGCUCUUACUAGUUUUGAUCUGCAGUCGAACGUUUCCACCGCAUUUAUAGUUGUCACAGAAAAUUGUUGAAAACUCGGUAGGUAGCAAAGUUCGUAGACUAUUGACCCCUGCAAUUAUUGGAACACUCAUUUUGUUAGUUUAGACUUGGAAAUAGGACAUAUAUAUAUAUAUUUUUUUUUAAGUAGGCGUGUGACCCCCACUGUUGUGGUUCGGAUCUCACUCGGUCGCAUUCUGUCCGCAUGCCAGCUUGCUACUGGCGACAAAGAAUGCUGUGUCAUAGGACACAUACCACAUACAAUACAUAAACAGCUCACAAAGAGUGCACCGGCCCAGACGCAGAUGGCUGUUUCACGGUCUUUACCGAUCACCAGUGGUCAUAGGCCUUAUGUCCAGUAGGCGUGUGACCCUCACUGUUGUGGUUAGGAUCACACUGUGUCUGGCCUCUUGCACUCUCUCUCGAGCCCAACCAGCAGCCGCACAGCGGCGCAUGAUAUAGGCAGAAUGGUAUUACCGACAAAGACAAGGGAGACUGGAAUGACCAUUUCUGGCUUAUUAACCGUCGUCAGCCAGUCAUACUCAACCCCGAAGUGUGGGGCACCUGAGGCUCGAACUCGCAACCUGUUAGUUAGAACCCAACGCCUCUAACCGCUGGGCCACGAGCCCAUUGCCCAGUCGGUUUCGAUCGGGAAUAUACAAUGGUAGGGGGCGCUCACCGAUCGUUCCUAGAGGCUUUGACUUCUAACCAUUGCCUUGCCAACAGAGCCUGUUGGGUGAGGGAGGGGCGUGUUCGGUAGAUGCUGUGCAAGUCGUCGGUUUUGUGCCCAAUCCAUCGGGCGCAUGGUGGACGUAGCACACGACGGUCGAAACGUCAUGUCAUGUUCCCACUUGCCGGCCUUGAUCGGGGCAGCGGGUUAGACCGAAUGUCCCGAAAGUCGCCGCCUUUGUCCAAGUCAUGUUCUACCCUCGAGGGAGGAAUGUAGUGGAUGCACACCUGGCAUGCCCUUAUUCCCAACUCGUUCCUUUUUUAUCAAGGUUGUCACCCUCCAUCGUGAUUCGCCUCCUGGCGGGAUUUUGGUCUUUCUGACUGGCCAGCGGGAGGUGAAAACCCUGUGUUCCUGGCUGACUCGCUGCUUCCCUCCCAACACCAGCGCCGGACAGACGGCGGCGGCGGUGGAAAAGCGGACAAGCACAGCCAAAAAGCGACGCGCCAGGAAAAAGGCUGAGCAGGAAACAGUUGACGGUUCUUUGGCGCCGAAACAGGCUCUACCCACAGCCGAAUCAGAGGAGGACGAGGAACCGACGACGGAGAAGGAGACAGCGACGCCGAGCUCUCGUUUCGACCUUGACAAGUGAGUACACAAGGAUGCUGACUCUGUGUGAUACGUUGCGGUUAAGCGGUGAGAGUUUGCACCCAGAGCGCUACAAUCAUCAGGCUAAGUCCCAAGUUGUGGGAAGGUAGCAGAAUGAAGGGUUCAUUGUAUACAGAACCAGGGGUUGUCCACUCAGGCGGCAGUGGCCGCUGGCGAAGCCAGGACUGAUGUUGACUGCGUCCAGUCGUGCCUGAGAGUCUGUGGGACAGUGGUAGCAGCCGCUUUUGUAGGUCCGUAGGUUCAAGUGGUCUCCAGGGGAGGUACGUUCAAGUGAUCGCAUGGGCAGCUGCGACGGUGUGGACGCAGGUAUGCCCGAACUGUAGUCGGUCGAGUGGCCUCAUGUCAGCACGUCUGGAGCGGCUCGCUGCAAUGGGUGAAUGACCUUGAGGCAGCGGGUCCCUGAGCAAUGACGUCAGACUGGCCACGCUGGCUGCCGCAGCCGAUAUACGGCUUAGCCCAGUGAAGUAUUGGAAUAAUUGGUUAUUCUGAUAGUCAAAAAGUUAAUUCUGGAAAAAUUAGCGUGCCUCGCGGGCAGGUUUACGAAACUUUUGGAUGUGUGGUCGCACAGUUCUUUAAACAAGCGUCUGAGGUCAUCUCAGGAUCACACUUUUUUUGCGAACCGGGACGCUCAUUCUUUCAAUCAGUCGAUUUUUUGCGAAACUGUCGUAAGAAAGGAACUUCUUGUCGAUGCUCUUAGUAGAAAGCACAAACUGCGCGAGCUUCGAAAAUAGGGAAAAAACGUAUGCUACUUGGGUAGGGAAUUCUUAGUCCAUGAGGUCGGCGCGGACGGGUGGAAAGUUUAAGUCAGUGAACAUGCCAUGACAUGCCUCAUGUUAAUCCGUCUUGCGACCCAACUUAAACGAUAUGUUCUUUUGAAAAGUCGUGUUAUUGGUUUCACACAUUGUUUUAUGGGUUUAUGGAAACGCUGUAUGCGUGCCGGAAUUGUCGCUGCUGGUACAACCACCUAGUUAUCACCCCUUCUCCUUUUGACCGUCCUUAUUUAUUAAUGCGACAUUCCUGCCUAGUCGGCUACGCCCUAAUUAUCCCGCUUUUGUCACAUUCCAAAGCUUCGACAUUAUUCCUGCUGACGAGGAAAGCGAGCUUGGCCUACGUACUGGUACCUCUCGUCUUGGCCAUAGCCGCACCGCAACGCCCAGUACCAAUGACAACCGGGAAGGUGCAUCAGCUGACCCUGCCCAGAGUGCCUCAGAGGACGAUGAGGUCGACAUGGAGGAUGUCCUUGACGCCAAGGUUCUAGAAGAGCUCGAGGCGGAUCACAAGAUCGCACCCGCGGUUAGUUUACUAAAAGUGCUGUCUCGUUGUCCCUCGAGCUAUUAUCCAAACUACUACUACUACUACUACUACUACUACUACUACUACUACUACUACUACUACUACUACUACUACUACUACUACUACUACUACUACUACUACUACUACUACUACUACUACUACUACUACUACUACUACUACUACUACUACUACUACUACUACUACUACUACCACUACUACUACUACUACUACUACUACUACUACUACUACUACUACUACUAUUACUACUACUACCACUACUACUACUACUACUACUACUACUACCACCACCACCACCACCACGAUCCUGACCAGUGGUGGUUAGAGUGUUGUGACGACCCGUAGUACGAUAUAUCCAGAGGUGUCUGACUGGUCCAAUCCUAGCCCUAAACGCACAUUUACAACACCCCAUCAUCCUUACCUACGACUGUCCCUGAAGAUAAGUUUAAGGGAGAAUCCGAGAUGUCAGGCAAAUAAACUUCCGGUUCUAGCGGUUGCAUCCUUCUAUAAAUUGCUUCCUGGAACUCACCGCCUCGCUUUUAUCGGGUUGUUGUUAUCAUGAGGGUGUCACCAGCUAACAAGAAUGAACAACAACAAAACUUAUUCACUAUAUUGAAGAUAAAUUACUCGCCUCAUGCAUUGAAGUGGAAGGGUGUACAUGGAUGAAUUGGAUGCGAAGAAAUGGUGGCUCAGUUUGAAGCCUGUAAUUUGCAUGUAAGUUACGGGUAACCAAAGUGGGGCUACUAUUAGGUCAUUCCAGGGCGAUGCUGCACUAGCCAACGCACUGGAGUCAACCAUCCAAUAGUGUCUGUCGCAGGAGUUUCAAAUUCUGACGCCAUUCGACACAAAAACUCGCUAAAUGUGUCGAUAGACCGUUGCAUUCGGCGUUGUCCUCACGAAGCGGGCGCAAUGCCGGCGAAUUAAAUUUGAAUUCGUUCAUAGUAAGGCAAAUUUGGGCACCAUCAUCGGCACCCCUCUUACCUCACCUACCUUGCUGCGAUGGCAAGGCUUCCAGGCUGGCGCGGACGAAGCUAAACAACCCGUCUACGCGUAUCACACGCGACCUGGUUGCCGCUGCAAGAUCGGCCCGGAUCCCGCAUGGAUGAAACAACAUUAAGAAGUCAUUGCGACCUUACUGUCAGUCUCGCGAAGAUGAUACUGUUGAUACUGGCGGUGGGAGUGGUUGGUGAUUUUGCCCUCCUAAAACGGGGUCCACACGGUAAAUGCACUGGACCGACACGAGGCUAGAUCGGAGUCCGGCACGCGCUAUUGGGAAUACGCACCCCUAGUAGAUCCCAACAUUGGGAUGUGGUGACACGCCCAGGUGGAGGCACACGCCGCGCUAAUUAGGGUCCGAGUCACCCCAUUUUUUCUUGUUGUAUAAGGUCCUGGCCAGUGUAAGUUAUGGAUCAGAGAUGUAGUGGCGCGCCAGCCACCCGCGCCGUCUUCCGCCGCCAGUCUUCUAGACUUUGUCAUGACACCGAGCCCAGGUGAGGGAGGAGGAGGAGGAGUGCGGUAGAUGCAGUGCAAGUCUACCACCACUUUAGACUAACUCACGCCCCCAGGUCACCGUCACUGCUCUCAACGUGCUGUGGAGCAGCACACGGUGGACAUUGUCGGUCACGACAAUCGAACUGUCGGGCGGUGAUGAUGACGACGGCAAUUACACAAGAAGCGUCCGUAGUGACCGUGUUUAUUCCUCCUGUAGGCGCCAAUCCAUGCCCUCCCCCUCUACUCGCUCCUUCCCGCGGAGCAACAGAAACGGGUUUUCGAGCCACCGCCAGAUGGCCACCGACUCGUGGUUGUGGCCACAAACGUCGCAGAGACCUCGCUGACCAUCCCAAAUAUCCGUUUCGUGGUGGACACAGGCAAGGUAUGUGUGUCUGCAUGCUUUUGUGUCCUGACUGUUUUUAGCCUGAACGGUAGAGAGCAGUGUCGGAGCUUAACGCUCCCGGUGGGAUGCAAUUGCAGCACUUUUUAAGUUUUACCCUCGAGAGGCGUGUUUGAUUGGAAUGACUAGUACAUUUUGUCAUCCAUCACUGAUUUAAGCAUCUUAAAUUCCAAAAAGAGCCCCUAUUCGUAUUGAUGUUGAAUUUGAUAUCCAUAAUUUAAAGAAGUUGAUAAAAUAUCUUAGCAACAUAUUCUGCGCGAAAAAGACUUUCUGAAACAUGGUAAUCCAAUAUGUAGGAAGCACAACGUACGAAGGACCUCAAACUAAGUAUCUAGAUUUCUGUCAACCCGUUUCAGGAUGCAGCUCGGAAGCUGGUUAAGGUGUUGCCUAAAUUCCAAUUUUUUCUGCUCUCUUCCUCUCUCUAACCCCCCCUCCUCAAUUCUUUCACCUGUGAAGGUGAAAUCAAAAGUUUUUGACCCGGUUACGGGAGCCUCCUGCUUCAAGAUCGUCUGGAUCAGCCAGGCCUCGGCGGAACAGCGUGCCGGUCGCGCCGGUCGUAUUGGUCCCGGCCACUGCCACCGUCUGUUCUCCUCGCGCGUCUUCACUGACAUGGAGCCUCACGGCAAACCCGACAUCCUCACGCGCCCCAUCGACGAGGUUGUGCUCCUGCUCAAGGUGGGCUGCUGACUGCACGUAUAUGUUUGUAUAUAUAUAUAUAUAUGUAGAUUAUAUAUUAUGUUAUAUAUAUGUGGUAGGGAGCGCUCACCACAUAUAUAUAUAUAUAUAUAUUGCUGAUUGAGGCGAAGAUAGAUUAUGAAAUGGUAGGGAGCGCUCACCGAUCGUUCUUACGAAACUCACUCAUUCCGUUGUGCCUUAUGGGCUCUUUCUCGAGUCGAACCAGCAGCCACACAGCGGCGCAUGAUAUAGGCACAAUGACAUUAUAUGCAUAUAUAUUCAGAAGGAUAGAGAACACGCGUGGCCCAGGUAAUUGAAUAGAAGAAGAUGGGAAGGCGAUCGCUGGGACCGAUUGUUUAUUUAUCCGACGUUUCGAACUCUCGCGCGAGCCCAUCGUCAAGGGAUGAAAAACUGUACAACUCAUCGUAUAUUUAGCUCAUCUCUGCCGGCGGUGACCUCUAGCUGCGCUGCUGAUUUGCUCACGCAGUGCCUGAUAGGCGAUUGGCAGAUUGAUAUGUCGAUUAAUCGAGUCCUCGGUUGACUGCCACGCUUCCUGCAGCAGGCGAGCAACUCGGUCGUCCGACUGGCCCAUUAUUCUCACGCACUGAAAGUCGAAGCCGUGUCCUGGCGUGGAGGCGUGGGCGGCUACCAAGAAGAGUUUAUCCUUCCGUCUCACAGCCAACUCGUGUUCGUGCAAUCUCGUGCGUACCUGUUUGCCGGUUUCACCAAAAUAAUUGACUUGGCCACAACUGCAGUCUAUCCGGUAAAUGGCCCCCGAUUUCUGAUUGAUGGGAAUCGGGUCCUUAGGGUCCUUAGAUUAUUGAUAAAAGAGGGGAGACGAGAAUGGCCAUUUCCGGCUUAUUAGGCACCGUCAGUCAGCCAUACCCAACCUCAGGUUCUUUGGAACCCUUGAGGCUCGAAACUCCAACCUGUUGGUUAGAAGUUAAACGUCCCUAACCACUAAGACACGGGGUCGAUGCCCUGUCGAUUUUGAUUGGGAAUAUUGACAAUGGUAGAUGGACGCUCACUGAUCGGUUGCGUGAGUCACUCGCCCCGUUUUGCCUUUAGGGCUCGAUCAAGAGUCCCACCAGCAGUCGCUUGGCGACUAGAUUGCCUACAAAAACAAGGGAGUUAACAGUGGGAUCCAGAUUCUGCUGUUUUUUCCCGUAUGGAUACUACCGUUGCAGCUCGCGGGCCAUUGACCGAGAUUAUUGAGAGUUGUUUACCCGCAAACGCAGGACCCGGUCCGGAGAUUCGAACCGCACGUCUGUUCGCCAUUCAGCAACGCCUUCACCGUUGCGCUAACGGGCUUGUGUCAUGCUUAGUUGCCUCACACACCGUGACAUGUUUGCUUUCGGCUGAAGGGCCCAAUAAUCUCCAGCGACAUUUUCACUCGUGGAAAUUGCUUCUUAGGUACUGGAAGCAUUUCAACGGUGUUUUGGUAUAGACACAGUUUCUCCUUCAUGUAGCAUCGUUUUUAAUACUAUAACGUGCUUACUUAUUUCAUCUACGUGGACAUGUUAUGUUAGGGCUACGGUUAGGUUUAGGAUUAGGGUUAGGCUAGACGUCAUGGCUGGGGUUGGGGUUAAGGUCGGGGUUAGUGUUUAGUCCGCCUGUCGCAUACAUUCUUUCCCACUCUGGCCAUCUUUAGCCAAUUAACACGGAUUACUUGUUUUCCGCCCGUUUACGCGCUCGUGAUUUGCAUCUUUCAAAGUACGCGGUCUGCUCGGGCACCUCGUUGGACUAAUAAAACAAACAUAUGGCAGAGAUGUUAUUUUACGCAAUACCAUCUACAUUCAUGGAACUCCUAUUAACGUCCUUCCCGUACUACAGGAGUCCCUGUGCUCUGCUUUUUUUCAGUGGGCUUGCAUAUACAAUCCUCGCCCAUUUCUUAGUCCGCUUGUGAGAGCCCUAAAUUAGAUGGUAAGUGAAAUGGAACUCCAAAUCAUCUUCUAGGUAACAUUCUUGCUCAACUGUGCGUACGGCUGUACCUGCAGGCAACGCUUAGCAUACAUUCUGUCUGUCAAGGGGCAUUGUUUGCAUAUGUCACAUAGAAAUGCGUGAAGAACACCAGAGAACCAAAUUUCCCUGGACGAUACCCCUUUUGAGAUUUACUCGUGUUCUUAAACUCGCCGCUGGUGUCAGUAAACUCUCAUCUCUCUCGCCAAUAUGUUGUGCAGUCGAAGGUAUGUAUUUUCAAAUAAACGAAAAGUUCGAUUGGAUUGGUUUAUAGCUCCCCCUUAUGCCACAGUCUGGUACGUGUUGCGCUAGGCAAAAAUGAGGCCAACAUUAAUUCAUGACAUCUAUUCAGUAAAAAAGCGGGAGGUUUCAACUAUUGCUGCACGUGCGCGUGGCGCGCGGCCUCUCAUGCCACACAUCUUUUAAAGUGCGCAGUUUGUUCCAGAACCUCUUUGAAGUAGUAAAAGAAACAUACGGCAGGAAACACGAGCUUUCUCAAGACCUUCCACGCAUUUCGUUAUUUGCCGCCUCUGUUCCACUCAUCAAACCUCUAUUAACAUCCUUUCCGUAGUAAAGGAGUACCUGGAUCCCGUUUUCUCGGUGGGGCUGCACAUUAAAUCCCCACCCUUUUAACAAGCCAGGAUAUUGCAGGCGUAAUGUAAGUGGUGGGGGAAAGAAUGACUGAGACAGCCAAAAAGCAAGGUCAACGGCUGAGUCGCAGAUGGUAGUACUGAACGUCGAAUUUAUUUAAGUACUCCUACUUAAAGGUGAUUGAGUUUGUAGAACCCCGGAAAUAUUAGGCGAUAGGCAGCACAAAGAUACCAGAAGACAAUGUUUCGUUUCUGCUAAUUUCAUGGGAUACAGAGGUUGUGGAAAAGACGUGGCCUUAAACCGCCCGUAUUCUACACGGCCUGGAGUACUAGGGGGAGUUGUCUAUAGGACAGUUAAGAUAGAGCGAAUACUGCUGAUUCAGGACAGUCUUCUUUCGAUCACUUGGCUCCACGUUCAAGUGACGAGCAUGCUACCUGUUUUACUCGUUUCUGGAGGUUUUCUCACGUCAUGUCCAUCAUAACCCAGUAAUGUCCCGUCGUCUUCAUCGUCUCCUAGUCCUACCUCGGAAGUAUCGCGCUGUCUCGUUUUCCCCUGCCGACUGCGCCCUCCCCCACAGUCGUCGAGGCGGCCGAGAGACGCCUCAUCGCCCUGGAAGCCCUCGAAGAGAAGAAAGUGAAUUCUGGUAAGCACAACUGCUCCCUUCUGUCCCUUGUCCCACCGCACACGUAUUUAAAAUCCGCUGAUUGCACAUGGCAGUGCGUGGGGCUGUGGAAAAGUCAUUUUGCUGCCUACCGCCUGCCCUCCAUGGGCAAGACGGCUGCUAGACUUCGAGGGAGGAAGGUGGAGAUGGAAAAGUAGAAGGUUCUCCAAUGGAAAUGGAGAUUUAGUGACGGAUGGACAGUCGUUUUUCGCCCUUGACGCUGGAGAGAGUAGCUGACUGGCCAGCAGCACGUACGAGAAUUAGAAAUUCGGCAGAAAGGGUCACGCAGAUUGCAGAAGCCUAUACAGUAGGUGGGCUAACUCAUGAAAUGUCAACCGAAAUUCCGAAAUGGGUUUCCGUUUCGAAAAGAUUAAUUAAGUAGGGUUGGAAAACUAGUCGGCUUGCAACAUAAUUCUGUAAUAAUUCCGUUAACUCAGGAUGCCGGCUUUCGAAUUAACCUCCUUCCGGUUGCAUGAAAAACUAUAUUCUGUAAAAAAAUGACUUCAUAAGUAGCAUUAAUUUUUCUCAUUGAUUUUCGAUGCCCCUAAAAGUCCAAUUAUAUUUUAUGGAAAACAUGCAUAAAAAUAUUCGUUCUUCUGCUCAUUCGGUAGAAAAGAAUGUCUUCUUCUAAUUUUGUACUCGAAGGAGGGACACAAUUCGGUUUUAAAAAAGUUUCUAAUUGUGGGACUUUCAAAUACCGUGAAAUGGCCGUUCAUAAAUCGCCAUAUCUCUGCAUUUACCAAUGUGGUUUGUAAAGUUAACAAUACGGAUCAAAUCCACUGAUAAAUUUUAUGAACUCUAUAGGGUCCCACCUUUAUUACCGUAGAGAAGUGUGUGGUUUUCCGCACGCGGAAAAUGUACGGCUUGUAGAUUGGAAACUCUGAAUGCAAGUGUAACGGCAUAUCGGGGGUUCAAAAUUAUUCGGGAAUGGGAAAAGUUUUUGAAAGCCAAAUUAUACCCUUCCCUCGAGUAUAAGAUUGGAAGAAGGCGUAAUUUUCUACCGAAUGAACAAAAGAAUGAAUAUUUUUAUGCAUGCUUUCUAUGAAAUAUAAUUGGACUUUUGGGGGCAUCGAAAAUCAAUGAGAAAAAUCCAUGCUACUUAUGCAUUCAUUUUUGACAGAGUGUGGUUUUUGCAUGCAGCCGGAAGGAAGUUUAUUCGAAAGCCGACAUCCUAAGCUGACUGAAUUAUUACAGAAUUAAGCUGUAGGAUGAUUAGUUUUACAAGCCUACUUAAUUAAUCUUUUCGAAACGAAAACCCAUUUCGGAAUUUCGGUUGACAUUUCAGGAGUUAGCCCACCUACUGUAUCCACAGGCUCCGCUCGAUUCCUGAGAUCAUUCGGGAACGUUUUAGCGUUGUCAGGCAGGAUGACAUCCGCUGACCUGUACCGCCCCGAGGUGCACGUACAACUGAAAUACCUAGGUUGGUGCAUUGUUCUACACACUACGCAUUAUUUUUAGUACGAGGAGGGCUUGUUUUUUUAAAAAAAACGUUCGGCACGGAGAGCAGUCAGGCAGUAAAAAAUGCCCAAGAUAUUGUUAACUGGAGUGCACACGUCUUUCAGUAAAACAAGAAUCUUAAAACGCUCGGGAAUUUGUUAAACAGCUGUUGUCGUUGUCUUACCCCGCGCAUCUACUUAAUCCUCGCUCUCAGACUUAAGGUCUCGGAUCAUGAAGCUAAAAUUCCCCUUGGGGGCCUGCUAAUGCGCGCUGGUGAUCUCUAAUAGACGCGAAAACAUCGUCUCCGUUUAUCCUCAUUGCAUAAGAUCGCCUCCUCUGGACGGUGAAUGCUGGAUUGCAUUGUAUAACAGCACAUUCAUUCGGCAGAGCCGGCCGGACACGCUUGGAAAUUGAACACAAGACAGUCAUCAGGGUCGUAGCAUAGUCAUAGAAAUCAACGGCCAGAGGCAGUUGCUUUCGUAUCCUCCCAUAUGUGUGUUUUUUUUUCAACCAAAAAGGUGUCAUCUCAAAAGCCACCCUAUCCGCGAUCACCUGCCUUUUUUGGUCUCACAGAGCCGGUACGCGUGAUCACCCGCGCCGGACGGUGGAUGGCACGUCUACCACUGCCGGUGCGACUGGCGCGGAUGCUGCUGUUUGCCAAUCAACACGACCUCAUGCCCUACGCGGUGAUCCUGGUUGCAGCCCUCUCCGUCUCCGACUUCUUUCUACCCGAGCCUGUCGAAGAGGAGGAGCCGGCGGAGGAGGAGGAUUCAAAUGUGGUUGGUGCAAAACGACGACGACGGCAGAGGACCGAGGCCGAGCGAAUCCUGGAUCAACGCACCACUUUCCAACGGCAGUUUGUGAAAACGGUGGGUGUACAUACACUUCCCUGUCCACACAUUCGGCUGAAUGCUGCCUUCUACUGCUUUUCCGCCACUCAUUCUUUUGCGUUAUAUUAGCCUCUUGCAUGACAUCGCUGUUUUCCAGCAAGGUGAUCUCCUUCUGGGCGAUCUGGCGGUGCUUCUGGGCUCAGUCUGUUGUCUGGAGCGCUAUUGGGCGCAGUUGGCGGGAGUCCUACCGAUGGAGGAUUCGCAGCUUGAACACCUCGUCUCCACCAAUCGCGUUUCCCGCCUGAAUCCUGAGUCCACAAUGCGUCAACUGGCACAGAACUGCGGUAUUCGCUGGAAGGCCUACGUGGAGAUUCGACAGCUGAGACGACAGCUCACCGACAUUCGUAGGUGUUUACCUGCCCACAAUGCUACUGCUAAUGAUAUUGGCUUUUUGGUGAUAAUUAUUAUUACCGGUGUACUCUCUGCUCAUGCCAGUAAACGCCAACGUUCCUGAUCUCAAUCUGACCGUCGAUCCAUCUCUCCCCAAACCGACACCGGCGCAAGUGGAGAGUUUGCGGCAGCUCUUUCUGGUCGGUUCAGCCUGUCAUCUGGCCACCAAGUUUGACGUACCCGUGGAGGGUCUGCCGGCAAAAGACAGACGAAGGCUUCGGUAUGCCUAUAAGGUAAGGCGCCAUCGGGGUUUUUCUUCGACGUUCACUUGCCCAGUAGUCUGACCGCCUUGACUCACAGCGUCCACAGGCUGUACUUGCGGUUCAGUUUUUCUUUCAGGAAAUUCUGAAAAGUCGUUAAGAAGCUGACGUUUUAGUAAUUUGUUCUGCUGUCAAUUUUACAGGACUGAAGUGAACAAAGAUCGCUUAUGUCGCGGUGGUCCUCGCGCCUUGUCCUAUCUGCUUUCUGAAAACCGGAUGCAAAGAUGGUCGAGUUCCCGUCAUCAGGAACGAUCUCUUCUGUCCGCGUUUGCCGAAUUACCGACUAAAGCUAGGGCAUCCGGAUGCGGACACAAGGGGGGGGGGAGAAACCGUUCUAUCCGGAUGCCUUCUUGUUGUACAACUUCACUAUCGGCACUGUAUAGACUGAGGACUGAUAAAAGUGCGCUGUCGAGGAGAGAGAAGGUGAUGCGUUGCCCACCAAAGAAGUUGAGAAGUGCUCACGCCCAACACACGGGACUAUCUGGGUUUUCAAUAGUAAAGUUGGUACUCCUAGUUACUCAUAGCAGAGAACUACUACAAGCUCGUCGAAGAAGUUAGUAGGGUUUUGGAGCAUUUCCCAAGUUAAAGACUUGUCGCAUUGAUGUAGCCGCUAAAGCCUAAUCGCCUUCUGCGGUCAUCUCCAGCCGAUUUUUCGAUGAUUUUUUCAGAGAACUCAGGCAGAAUCCUCGUUGUGAGACCCAAAUUUGACUGCAUGGACAGAAUUUUUUAAAGUUCCUGAACGGAUUUUCAGAUUGUGAAAUGGCGCCGUUACAUGAAUAUGAGAAUUCCCUCUGUCGCCUUACGGACUGUGAAGGGUUACAUGGUGAUCCAAUACCACUGAGACGUGAGAUUACAGUCCUUCAUGAGACUUUGUAAGCUUCGACGAGAAGUAAGCCUUCGGGCGCGUUCGACCGACACCAGUUUCGACGUCACAUUGUGGUCUGGUAUGUAGUUGCUGUGACUGGCCGUAUGGCGGUCGUCUAAAUGCCAGUUUGGCCGAUGUUUGAGGCGACGCUGGUGGCAUGUACUAGGAGCAAUCAGCAUGUACUGGUAGAAAUAAGCCUAUUCUGUUCAGUGAAGCUCAACAUCCUCACACCACUGUCGCAUCGACAACUGUGGCCAGUCAGGUAGCCUGAGUGAAGUUGCCUGAUCCAGCCCGGCCACUUUAGUCUCCGAUAGUAAUGAUUAGACUACUGCGAGAGAGUUUUUCGAUGAGUUCUUACCGUCGUUAGUAGAAUCUUUAUUCAUGGUGCCGGUCGGCAGUUGAUGUUGAGGCAUAGAAACUACGGAGAUUUUAAGUAAGCUCCGCUUCAGUUCUACGUGAAUUGGCAGGUCAAUGACGUGUUCUCAGCCAAGCAACGCAUAGAUCGUCUGUCUGGAGAAGGCACUCGCCACAGCAUAUCUGCUUACCAGAAGAGUCGCGUGGGCGGAUGUGAUCUUCAGCGUCCGAAGACAUCCGCGUUGUACUGAUGAAGACCGAGUGCCGUCGUACUUUGGAUAUCAGGAUCCAGGAACUUUCACGCAUCUCAACACCUAAUGCCAGGGGCCUCCGCCCGCUGAACUAGCCCAACUCACAUACUUGUCCCCUCGAGUGGGCGAGGGUUGCGGGGCGCGUCGGUUUCAACGGACGCUGUAGCACACACUGUGUUAGCACUCUCGGCCGUGUUCUAUAUGAAGCUUCUUAACGAUUCUGAAUACAGAUUGUGCGUGUUCACCAAAAUCUCUAUUUUUUCUAAGAGGCGCCUGAGGGAAUGAGUACAUAAUAGAUGCACCUAGCGGAAUGCAGCGAUACCCAUGUUAUUUUCGAUGUUAAUACUCACUGUUCAGCAAUUGUCAGUUUGGUGUGUUUGCGUGUUGCACCGGGAAAUAUUUAUGCUUUACCUCGCUUAUUGAACUUUAAAAAUACUGGCGUUUACUCGAUGUGUGAGGGAGUCGAUCGUGAAAAUAUUCGUCUGCUCCAAUUCCGCGUUUGCAGCUUACUGUUUGUUUUGUUGUUACGUCUCCAGAAAGUCAUGUAUCCGUUUUACUUACACGCGCUGGUUGUUGUCGUCCUCAUAUGAUAAAGGAAGAAGCAGAUUUGUAAAACAUCGGAACAGUUUGUUUACUGUUCUGAGGUUUCAAACUCGUUCAGGGAUCCAUCGUCAGAGACAGUAGCAGCAACAAGACGAGCGAAAUUUAAAGGGCAUGAUAACCACUCAUUGAUCGACGGCGCAAGACUGCAGGUGACUGCAAAGGGCUCCGUACGCCGGCGUCGGAUCGACAAAUCGAUCGGCCGAGUUCUCAUCUGAGACCCUGUGAUUAUUCGUCACUCCGUCGCACAGCCAGCUUGUGUUUGUGUGUGCGCAAUCCGAGCGGUCCAUUAAAGGUGACCCGUGUAGUUAUAAGGGCAGUUUAGGCACGAGAUAUUAUGCACUACCCUAGGCUGCUUUUUGGCACUUAAUCGAUCCUUGAUUUUCAGGAUCCUGCUGCGCAUCGUAGCCUUGGGCAGGUGUGGAGUUCCGACCCCCUAGUCCCGCAGCAGUGCGCUCGGUCGUUUCUGAAACGGCGGAGUAUGCCCUAUUCUUGGUGGUAUUUCUGUUUGAGUCCUUCUUCUAUCCCCAACACAUUUUCACGAGCGAUUAGUAGGACUAAUUCCUAGGCUGUUAAUCGCCUUUUUUCCUUAUAUAUGUGUGCUCCAGGUUCCCGGUUUCUCGGGUCCCGUGUACAUUGACCCCGCCUCGCCCCUGGCUCGGGAGAACUGCAGUUUCGUCGCCUAUGCAGAACUGCACACCAGCGCCAAGCCCUUCCUUCGCUGUGAGUUCUGUCCUGACUUAUGACAGAACUAACUAUUUUAGAGUUGCGAAAAUUCCCAUAGUAGUAAUCAGAAAACGAGGUGGCGAGCAUACGUAGCUUUCGACAAAUUCUCGUCGUCGGGCCAGUACAGUUAUAUAGGAACGGGGUAGAAGAAAAACACGUCGGCGAUAAGAAAAAUCGAUAAAAGUUCACCUUAAAACACAGACGGGGUGUGGGAUUGUGGGGGAGGGGGGUAGGGGGGGGGGGGGAGAGCAGAAGUGCGCGGGGGGAGUUGCACCGUUAGUCAACCUUCGACCACUGUAGGCGCGGAGCCUGAACGUGGUUCUUCUGUGCGCAUAAGGUUGGCUUUCGUAACCUAAUGGCGACCGCUUCCGCUGUCGCUAACAGGCGCUGGCCCAGUAGCUUAGCUUAGCUCGAUGGGACCUUAUAAAUCACGCGAAAAGCUUCAUUGGGGUCCACACGAUGUCCGGAAUCGACAACAUGCGCGAGAAUGGCGCUGCUUAUACUCCUAGUUUCGCCUUUUCCCAGCCAUGCCGGGAGGUGUUCGCGUAUUCUCUUGGAUAAGCGCCAACUCGUGCGACCAAUAUAACCUGCUCCACAGAAGCAAGUGAAGGAAUAUAUGCACAUUGAGGCGGUCUGCGGUGGCAACUUAUCCUUACCCUCUCUGCGUAAAAUCGGGUUAGUAGAGAAUGAUAUUUGAACCCUUGCUGUUGGGAAGGUUCGCGAGACAGCCUGACCAAGGCGUCUCCUUAGGAGUUCACUCGCAGCGUCCCCUUGGAAAGGGACUUUGAGGAACAAAGUUCUCUUUUCAGCGGUUGGUGUGGCGGGUUUGACCGGACUGUACUGGCUCGCCGAUAAUUUAUCGAAAGUUACGUAUGCUCGCCACCUCGCCUUCUGAUAGCAAACUAUUUAUCAAGCUUGAAGUUGUUUAAUACAGAGAAAUCGCAAGUAACGAUGAGUUCGUGGUUUUUUUUCACGAUUUUACUGAGUCCGAAAACUUGCAUUUUUUUCCUAUGUGCAGUCUACUGUAGGGCGCUGGUUGUUUGGUGCAUUAUAUCAAUCCAUCGAAGGUCGCCUGCGAAUGUAUAGUAAAUGUGCUACAUCAUGAAAUGUUGACUGAAAUCCCAAAUUCAUUUUCAAUUCGAAUAGACUACAAUAGUAGUGUUGUAAUACUAAUUAUUGUGCAUCGUAGUCCUAAAAUAUGGCAGUCACGUCAGAAUGCCGGCUUUUGAAUGAGCUCUUUACGGCUGUUUGCUUAAACCACACUUUUAGAAAUGAUUGCUUUAUUAAUAUGAAAUCUGUUUACUAAUUUUAUAGAAAAACAUGCACGAAAAUACUCUUUUGGUAGAAAAAAUUACAUUUUCUUUAAAUUUUACGUGUCACCCCUCAACACUACUCCAACGUCUCUGUUGAAUACAUUUCAUAAAACCUGCAAAGGCGGUAUCAGCAGACCCAAACCCUUUAAUCCAGAACUACCGUCAACACCUUCAAACUAUGCACGUUCUUCAAAACCCUGAAUGGAUUAGGUAUUGAGCCUUACGCGUACAAGCAUACGUCAUAAUGAUUGCAUUUUGUACAACAUUAUUAGCAGUAAAUGCCAACCAUGUUGCCGCAUAACGUUACCAUGUUUUAUAUUUCUGCGUUUUUACGGUGCACGCUGCAACCAAUUAAAGGCUUGAGGUAAGCACGCUUUUAAAUAUGCCUCAUCCGGGGCAAAUAGCCAACUGUAGGUUCGAUUAUCGUGGUCCGAGGAAACGAAUGAGGUGAACAUUCUGUCCGGAGUCGGUAACCAAACGCAGGCGUCCACCCAAGGAAGGUCAGAAGCAACCACAUAAGCGCGUAUUUCGAGAAGGGGUCGGAGGGCGGUAACACGAAAGCGUGUUAGGUUAAACCAACUGAUGGGCGCUUAUCGGCGCCUCUCGGCCAGCAAAUUUACCCUGUCAGUGCUCUCCCUUUCACGGACGCCUAAACGGCACCUAGUCGAAAGGUAGGUUGACCAAAGUUGCCAGUGAUGAAACUUCCAUGACGGACCUCUGGGCGAUUGCAGACACUCAAGAGGCCUAGCGUUGAGACAGGCGCUCUGAAUAGGGCCACUACACUAGCAGGCACUGAUAGAACCAUACAUAAAGGACGGCUAGCCCAAACAGUCCCUGAAAUAAACACCUCCUAUGGACGGACGUCCGAACUGCUUGAAAUGGCAAAUCUCUUCUGACUUCUUAGACAGCCAACUCAGUGUCUGGGGCAAAUACGCCUGUUCUGAGGAUGGAGUUAACUAUCAGUCUCUUUAUAAUGCUGAGGAUGCGUUUUUUUAAACGAUAUCGCCUCUUCUCUCCCCUCCGGGGGGCGCUGCUUACAUCCCAUUGUGCUUUUAAGAUGUCUGCGCCAUUGCACCCGAUUGGAUCCCCUUCCUGACGCCACACAGCUACCGCGUGGAGGGACUCUCCGUGAUGGAACAAACCGCGGUCGAGGCGCCGACACAGCCCCGUCCUCCAGCUGCCGAGGAAGAACAGAAGGAGGAGAAGGAGGCCGACGAUGAGUCUGCGCCUGCGCCAACCACUGCUGCCAGCCUCCCACCACCACACUACGAUCCCCAGCAGGACGUCGUGGUUGCCUUCGCCAAGCGCGUCUACUUUGUCGGUGCUGACCUCGUCUCUAGGCCGACGGCAACGACGACCACCCCUGAGGAUGUUGGUGGUCUGGACUUCUCUUUUGAGCUGCCCGCCCCUCACGUGCCCAUACCACUCAAUGGCUCACCUGCCGUGUCCGUCUUGGGCGCCCACGAGUCGCUGGUGUGGGCCGUGCGCUGGUUCGCCCGGGCCCUGCUCGAGGGUGUCGUUUUUCCAAGCCUCCGCGAGUGGCUACCUCGGCGCCUGAAGACCAGCACUCCGACCCGCAUGAUGACCCUCUCCUGGGGCCUGUGAGUCUCUCGCUCGAAUAAACUGUCUGGCACCAGCCUCCGAACUCUUUGCCCCAAUUUAACAGUUUACUUUUAUGGUUUUGAGUAGCAUUUUUAGCUUCAUCAGUAAUUACCACCUUACCCAAUUUUGCUCUGCAGAGUUCGCACAGAAGUUCGAGGCGUGGUGUCAAAACUACUGGCCAAGAAGGUUUCCUCGCGAAGGGCUUUGGAAGCCUGUCUACAAGAAGACCCGCAGUGUAAGCUUCCACUUUUUUAUUCCUUACCUCUCCCCUCACUUUGCAGUCCUCAUCAAGGAGUUGACGCCUUGGAUACAGGAAGAACACCGUUCCUCCUUUCAGACGAAAUGGCCGCCAUUACCAUCGAAGUAG